AUGGCUAGAGCCAUGCUUCAUGACAAAGGGCUAGCCUUACAUUUUUGGGGAGAAGCUGUUAAUAUUGCAUGCCACAUAAUAAAUAGAGUCUACCUUAGACCCAAAACCGAUCAGACUCCAUAUGAGAUUCUAAAGGGUAAAAAGCCUACUAUCAAAUACUUUCGUGUGUUUGAGAGGUAUUCUAGAAAUAGUCGAGCAUUCCGAGUAUAUAACUCACGUACUCGUACUGUGAUGGAGUCUAGUGAUCCUACUGAACCGCUUGUGCCUGAAUCAUCUCUUAAAAUUCCUGAAACUCCUGAAAAGGAAACACAUCCACAAGAUCAAGACACAAUCCCUAAUGAACCAUCAACUAGGGUCAAGUCUAAUCAUCCUAAGGAUAAUAUCAUUGGGGAUCUGGAUGAAGGUAUGAGGCUUCGUAAGAGAGUACUAAACAAUCUAGCAUAUACUAGCUAUGUUUCACAGGUAGAGCCUAAGAAAGUCGAAGAGGCCCUUAGUGAUGAGUGUUGGGUGAAUGCAAUGCAUGAGGAACUCAAUCAAUUUGCUAGAAACAAUGUGUGGAUCUUAGUACCCAGACCUGAGAAUUGUAACAUUAUUGCUCCUAGAGCUUGGUAUGAGAGACUUACGUCAUAUCUUGAGGAACAUGGUUUCUCUCGAGGUGGUGCUGAUAGGACCUUAUUUAUUAGACACAUUGAAGAAACUAUCAUUAUCGCUCAAAUUUAUGUCGAUGACAUCAUUUUUGGUUCUCCUAUUGAGUCUCUAGCAUAUGAGUUUGCCGAGUGUUUGAAGCAAGAAUUUGAGAUGAGUAUGGUUGGUGAGUUGAGUUAUUUCCUUGGACUUCAGGUGAAACAGAUUGAGGAUGGCUUGUUUAUUUCACAGUCUAAGUAUGCAAAGGAUCUAGUUAAGCUGUUUGGGUUAGAUAGUAAGAAGCAUACUAGGACACCUAUGAGUACUAGCUUGAAGUUAGGUCUUGAUCCUUCAGGUAAGAGUGUAGAUCAUUCCCUAUAUCGAAGCAUGAUAGGUAGUCUUCUCUAUCGCACAGCUACUAGACCUGACAUUGCUUUUAGUGCUGGAAGGUGUGCUCGAUUUCAAACAGAUCCCAAAGAAUCACACUUAAGCUCUGUUAGAUGCAUCAUUAGAUAUGUGAGUGAUGAUAGAAAAAGUACUUCUGGGGGCUGUUUCUACAUGGGUAGCAAUCUAGUAGCCUGGUUAAGUAAGAAACAAAAUUCCAUAUCCCUAUCCACGGCAGAGGCCGAAUACAUAGCAGCUGGAAGUUGCUGCACUCAGCUUCUCUGGAUGAAGCAGAUGCUGAGUGAUUAUGAGAUUAAUCAAGAGACCAUGACUAUUUUCUGUGAUAAUACCAAUCAUGUUUCUACUGACAACCAAUUAGCCGAUCUACUUACGAAACCACUAGAUGGGAUGAGGUUUGAGUCUCUUCGGACGGCUAUGGCUCGUAAGCGCUCUCGUACCUCUGCACAGCUCGCUAGUGGAUCGACAUCUUAUAGUAGAUCCCGGUUUAUUUCUGCUACAGCUCAGGAGGUCUUCACGUCUCAAUUCUCCUUACUCCCUGUUCUCAUGGAGCGUGAGGUAAUUCUAUCUGACCUUCCUGUUGACGUCGCCGCUAUUUUUGUUUCCCGGGGUUGGGAGCCCCUUCUUGUUGGUCUUACACCGCCGCCUCCACUUCUCGUUCAAGAGUUUUAUGUUAAUAUUCAUGAGGUGGAUGGGUCGUCGUUUAGGAUUUUUCUUAGAGGUCAUUCUUUUCGAGUUACUCCAUCUGCAGUAGCUCUUGCAUUAGGUAUACCUUAG